AUGACAGAGGUUGACAUUGCGACAAAGGCGCCAGAGAGCGAUGCGCAGCAAGACUCGUCGACAAAUGAGCCGACAGAUGCCAGCCAGCAGAUGGGCGAACAUGAACACUGCGUAACUGACAGACCUACUCCUGCCGGCCAGGGAUCCACCGGCGAAAUCAUCAAGCUCAACGGCGUUGACGUGUACAUCUCAAAACCAACCGACUAUCCUCAUACACCUUCCCGUCUUCUUCUCCUUCUCACUGGCGGAACAGGUAUCAAAUCCACCAAUAACCAGAUUCAAGCAGAUAUAUAUGCCUCUGAAGGCUUUCUUGUCCUCAUGCCAGACCUCUUUGGCGGCGAAAAAGCUCCAGGAGGGAAAGAUACCUAUUUUGCAGAUAACUCGACGUCUCUUCUCGAGCAAGUCAAAUUAAAGGCCGUGGAGAUUGCAAAGUCGUUCAUGAUUGAUAUGUGGCUGGCACGAAUAACAGAGGCUAAAAUCAUGCCCAUACUGCACAAGGUGAUUGAAGCGGCACACGAAGAAUACGCCGAUGCGAUCAAGUAUGGUGAGGGGAUCUACGCUGUAGGUUACUGUGUUGGUGGUCGCUACGUACUCCUUCUGGCCAAGGGAUCUCAUGAAGCUGGCAACGAUGAGGAAUCUGGGAUGGUGAAGGCUGGGCCGUAUAUCAAAGCCGGAGCACUGGCUCAUGCCGCAUCGGUGACCCCAGACGAUUUCAAGAACCUCCAAGCACCAUUAAGUUUGGUGUGUGUUGAGAACGAUGCCUUAUUCACAGAUGAGGUACGAAAAGUUGGAGAAGACAUCAUGACGCAGGAUAAUUUGGAACACGAAGUUCAAGUAUACCCCGGUGUACCACACGGAUUUGCCGUCACGGGUCAAUACCAGGAGUCUGCCAUUAUGGACGCCCAAGUUACGGCAUACGAACAAAUGCUAGCAUGGGUGAAAGAUCACUAAUGUCGCACUUACAUUCAGUAGAAGUAUUGUUGGUUUAUGAUUGCAGUUCAUUAUUUGAUUUCAUUCUUCCUCCAGCCUACAGUAUACCUACCUAGGGAACUAUGCCUACCUAAACAAUGGUGCAGACGAUUUUACCCGAGUUCUUUGCAUUCUCCAUGUGCUCGUGUGCCUCUUGGAUCUUGUCCCAGGGCAGCACCGAGUCCAGGUAGAUUUUGAGUUUGUGUGAUUCGAAAUCGGGAAUAUACGUCUCCAGCUUGUCUCUCAGUCUGCCCUGGUACUCGACGUCGCGGCUUCGCAACGUGCUGCCUAAAACACGAAGGCGCUUGUACAGAAUCAUGCCGAUGUCUGCAUCGGGGACCUUUCCUCCGCUCAGAGUGCCCAGGAGGAGUAGACUGCCAUCAAGGGCUGCCACGUCGAGGUUCUUCUGGAAGUAGUCUCCGCCAAUGUAGUCGACGAUGUAAUCAACGCCCUUGCCGCCCGUCUUUGCCUUGAUCUCGCUGACCCAGUCCUGAGUCUUGUAGUUGAAGGCCGCGGUAGCACCAAGCUGGGACGUGAUGAAGUCGACCUUUUCCUGGCUUCCUGCCGUAGCAUAAAUCUCAGAUGCUCCCGCAACUUUAGCCAACUGGAUUCCGGCAAUGGAAACACCUGAUGCGCCGGCAUGCCAAAGGAUGCUCUUCCCCUCUACAAAUCCCAGAACCAAGUGCAGAGCUUGAGUUGCCGUUAUCCAGGCCUCAGGAACAGCCGCGCACUGCUCAUGCGUCAAGCCCUUUGGCUUAUGCAGCAGCAUCUUUGUGCUCACGGCGAUGUACUCGGCAUAAGCCCCGCCAUACGCAAGCCCAAACACCUCAUCGCCGACCUUGAAGCCGUUGUGGUCCUCGGAGCCAAAGGACUCCAGGGUGCCGCUGAACUCGACGCCGAGCGUCUUGGGGGCGCCGGGAGGGACGGGGUAGAAGCCGCGGCGCUGGAUGAUGUCCAUGCGGUUGAUGCCAAAGGCGGCGAUCUUGACGACGGCCUGGCCUGGCGCGGGGACGGGCUUGGGGGUUUCGGCGUUGAUGAAGAGGGCGUCUCGCUCGCCUUUCCCGCCCUUGAUGUCGACUGCGCGCAUUGUGGCGGCCAUUUUGUUUCCAGGUUCUAGUCUUUGAGGCUUUGCAGUAUUGAUUGAAUUACUGCAACGAUU